GUUCAAUUUCACUCCAGGUGCGUUCCUAAUGUUGUGGCUGGUCAUAUAGUGCACAGACUGUGAAAGAAAGGGCGAUUUUUCGGCUUUACAUUCGUUUUACAACAAUAAAAAUUUGUUUGAACUCACCUGGACACACACUCCGGUCGUAAAGUCCCGUCUGUUCCCACUAACGCCAUCUCCUACACGGUUGCCAGUUUUAACUCAUCCAGGUUUGGUGUCACCACUGAAGAUACGGACAGGUGAACAAAACACAACUCCAACUCUUUUUUCAGGUGUAAAGGACGCUAAAAGGACGCUAAAAGGUACAUUUCGAGCAAAAUGUGUCAAAUGAACCUGGUAACUGAUCGAUGAAAUGAAAACACGCAGCUGUUGAAAAUCGGAUUCGACCGUUGGUGUUAGCUAACGUUAGCUAGCUACAGCUUGUCGAAGCUAGCUAACCUCGACGCAAGAAACCGACUCUUUAAUAAUUUGUGGUGCAAAACCCCAAAAGUCGUAAAUUUUUGUAUGGAAUUUUGAGCAGCUUUUAAUGUAAUAUGGAGGUUAAAAUGUGUGGAAGUAUGUCAGGACACACCAUGUUUACCCCUAGACCUAGUGGUCUACUAUGGAAAGUUGACCAUAGGAGACCACUUUUUUUUGGCAUGCUAUAUUAUCAUGACAGUUAUGGACACUCAUUCUGUUGGUUUGCAGGGAUGCACAACAUCUUGAAAUAUAUACAGAUACACUAGUUAGAGACAAAACUAUGAUUGACUUGAUGUAGUGAUCCAAAAUAUGAAAAAUGGUUCAUCUUACCCCACUCUCCCCUAUAGGAAUGUCUAAUACAGUUUCAGUGUGUCUUUCAAAUUUUGUUUUAUCACAGGUGCACAGUUAAAACUUUAACUCCUAUAAAAGCUUUUACUCUUUCUCUCAGGUUGCUUGAAAUCAUGACUGACCAGGAGGUAUUAAAGUGCACUCUAAGAAGAGGUGUUCAUUUGUACCCUCCACGCCUUCAGCUUCCCAGGGUCUAUGGGACAAGUGAUGUGCCAAGAUAUUCUGGUGCAACUGGACUGAGGUGAUAAAAGGAAGGGAAGAUGUGAAAAUUUGCACUUAAUUUCAUUUAUUUGAUUAAAGAAGUGAAAUGUCACUGUUCAUGUUCCCAUAUUAGUGAAACUCUGUCUGAUUCUGGGGACCAUGACCAAGUGAAAGAAGAUGUAUCUUAUGAAAGAGGUGAUGGAUUCACAACGGAGAGGGACUCCAUCCAGAAAGUUAAAGAUGGAUCUGCUCAUGCUGUAUUUAAAGAUGAGGUAAAUUAAAUGAAAAGACACAUUCUUUAACUGUGUAAGAUUUUGGUUUUCACCCAGUUAUUUGAUCUUAGUGAGUCACUACAAACAUCUACAACCCUGUGAGAAACUAGAAACUUUCAGUCCUUGAGUGUCAUUCACAGUCAUCCCUAAAAAUGUGGUUAUAUUAAAGUUUGAUAAACCAUAUUUCAAAAUCUGACAUCAAGUGAAAUCUCAACAUCUGUGAUUAUAAGCAUCAGUGUACUUGGCCAUUGAGCACGGGAGUGAUUGACAGCAUCAUUCAGCUCGCCUGAUGGUUCAAAACCAUCAGCAGCAACCGUGUCACUAAAGCUGUGAAAAACAGAAAUUCAUUCUUAAUGUUUAUCUCACACUUCACAUAACCCCUUCAAACCUCUUUUUUUUAUUUGCUUGGUUUUUACCUUAAUGAUACAUGUUUUUUGUCUCAGAUUGGCGACUCAGAUGAUGAACAAGCUGUCCUCUCUCUCCCUGGUGCGUCACCCCGAGGAAGUAUUUCCUCCGAUGACAAGCUGCCCCUGGAUCAGAUCAAGGAUACAAAUACUGAAGGUGCAGUAGUGGCCAUGCUGUGUAAUUUCACACUGUGUGUCAAUAAUCAAAUUUUGUCUAUUUCAGGGAGCAGUCGUCCAUCCAGUUUUUAACCUCUGUAACCUCUGUACCAGUUUGUAUCCCUGAUCCUUGCUAGAGGUUGCAAGAUCUGGUCUCUGGUAUUGAAGGACUGCUGCCUCCUUCCCCUAAGUUUGGUUUGUUUUGACCUCAGGAAUGCAUGUGUCACUCAAUGUCCUCAGUGCUUACUUCAGUUAUUUCAGACUCUUUCGCUCUGAACACACAGUAGCGGUGUAAUUUCCAGAAUGAAGUCAUGACAGUUAAAUCCAACAAAGACUGAAAAUCUCUCAAAAUCUUUUUUAUGUUUGUAUUUUUUUUAAGCGUUAUGAAUACGUGAAUUUUAUGGACCAGAAUUAUGUUCUCAAUUUCUGUUACUAUAACUUAAUUUAAGUUUUUUAGUUUAGAUUUCACUGAUGAAUGCUAGUGUCUCCAUGCGCUUCAGUCAUAAUGCGGUGAAAUGAUACCAGUGGCAGCAGGAGGCAAAGCGACAGACAGACAGAAGAAUUUCAGUAAAUUUGUAAUGAAUGGAGACAUAUUUUUUGUCACUGAUUGGUACACUAUUCUCUGCAGCGGUACAAAUCAUUUAUCACUUUUUGCGUAACAUUUGCAGCCAACAAAAGUUUUUAAAGUGAGCCAUACUUAAUGCCAUCUUAAAAAAUGUGAUGUACAUUAUUCAAGUGUUAUAAUUUGAUCUUUCCUCUCAUAAUUUGGAAAACAGGCUGGCACAAGAGUCACAUCGAAGCAUUGUGUAGUGAGACGUUUGACAGCCUCCUGAAGAUGUAUCCAGACUUCCAGAGUUGCAAGAGCCACAUGGCAGCAUUUGUGCUGAUAAAAGGUAAGCACAGUCAAUGUGUAAGGGACAAUUUUUAACUAAGAAUACCUUAAUUGUUUUUAAAAAGCUUAAUUUUGUUUUAUUUUGGAGUUCAUUUAGUAACUUUGGUAAAGGUACUUUGCAGGAAAGAUAAUGAGGCUCUGCUGUUUGUCUCAAGGCGAUCUUCAGCAGUCGGUUGCUGUGAAGUACAUCGAAAAAAGGGCCUCCUCUCUAUAGAAUGUUUACCGAUUGUAUUAAAAGAUGUGCUAAAUAUCAUCAGCAUGUCAAUGGAAGACAGUGAACUCCAGGUUAUUUACAGCAUCCUAAUUAACAUUAGUAUACCUACAUUACUUGCUUUGUGCUCAGAUUGUAACAUCACUGCGUUUGUGACCUUGUUUUCCAGCUUCAAAAGAAGAUUUUGACAUUUAAAUGCUAGACAGCAGUUACAGCCUUCUUUUCUUCAUCUGGGGAAAUGUGUUUGAUUGUGAUUGUGAUUGUGAUUGCGAUCCGUGAGCAUCUCUCGUCUUUGAAUACUUUCAGUCAAAAGUAAUGGUUUGAAUAGGGAGUGAUGAAUCACCGCACAGUUAAAUGACCUUCACGUAUUAUUCCCCAAAUCAGUCAUAACUCAGUGAGUCAUUCGAGCUGCUUAAGUUACUGACGUGAAAGGAGAAGUUGUUUGAUUUCCUCCACAGAAGUGUUGAACACAGAGGGCUGUCCUUGCGAGCAGUACAAGGUGGUGGCGUUGGGAGCUGGCCACUCGAGCUGCAGCAAGUGGCUCUGCUACAAUGGGACGUUGGUACACGACUGCCACGCAAUCGUCAUUGCCAGGAGAGCUCUUCUUAGGUACAAUCCUCUCUUAUGGGAGAGAAAAACCUUGCCCUGCUAAUAUCUAUUUCAGUUUUGGAGGUGAGAGGUGGGGAUGUUGUUAUUCUUAAAUACGUCCUCUUAAAUCUAAAGACUCUUCCUAAUGAAAUACAUCAAUGUUUUCUUCUUGAUGUUGUUAAAACCCUCAAUUGCAGUGUGACAUUGAUUCUCGUGGCCUGAAUGGGCGACCUCGCCCUCUUCCUCCACAGAGGGCUCCUGUACUUUCGGCUCUAAGUGAGACAGGUUAUUUUCUGGCUUGUGUUCAGGUUUCUUUACAAACAGCUUCUGCUGUUUUUUGAUGCCGAUCCAAAGGCCAAGGAGAACAGCAUUUUCGAGAGCAGUGAAGACAGCCACCAGCUUCUGCUCAAACCUGGCAUCAGUCUGCAUCUCUACACCAAUCGGUGUCCUGAAGGAGUGACCAUGAACUACUUCCCCAAGUACAGUAGGACUUUAGUGUGUUGCAACAUUCAUAUUUGUCCUGUUUGGCUUAUUCAGUGAAUCUAUUCAUCGUCUUUUCUACCUUGAAGUCAGUCAGAAUUUCUGGGUUUCUGGGGUUAUGAUGCGAUCUAAAUGAGUGACGCACAACUUUACGUCCUCCUCAGGGGUCCUGCAAACGGCCCUUCAGGGGCCAUGAAGCUGCACUAUCAUGCUAAAGGCCUGCUGGUCCCUGCAGCUUACCUUGAACCAAGUGUGCAGGGUGCCAAAGUCUGCUGCAUGUCGGGGAGUGACAAGUUGUGUCACUGGACCGUCACAGGGGUUCAGGGUGCAUUACUGAGCCACUUCAUCCAGCCCCUCUACAUCACCAGCAUGGUGCUAGGUAAAGAGUCAGCAUUUAAUAUUGCAAAAAUAAUUAUAUAAGUUUAUUUAUUUAUCUGAUUUUUCUAAUGUGGAGAGUGGUGUGUUCAAGUCGACUAUCAUACCCCAAUAGUCAAAGCUUGAAUGAGCAGCUCUCUGCUCUCAGCCCCCGAAAAUUAGUUAAAUACACACAUACUCUUUUUAUUCUUAUUCUUUAUUACAUGCUGUUUCUGCUCUUCCAUUGUAAUCUUAAUCAACUAUGGGGUUUUGAUUUGUUAGCCUUCAACAAAACUACACCAUCUGCUUUCCCCAUUACAGACUUUGUUCUCAGACAGCUCAUUGCCCACAAAUCUUUAUUUUCUGAAGAGUUCUUAGCAUUAAAUCAAAAACAAAUGUAAAACCCUGUGAAAACACCUGAUGUUUGUAGUUUUUGAUGCACAAAUUACGCCUGGUUAAGUACAAAACAUGUCCGCUUGUUUUCUGUCAACCAGCUCAUCAAUUUCUUGAGUAAUUAUUGCAGCUGAAAUCACUUAUACAGGUAUUCAUGUUCACCAGGUUUCCUAAUUCUACUGCAUGCGCAAACUGCAUAUUUGUGAAAAGACUGAAGAGCAUUUUUCCGUUUAUUUAGGCGGCCAGAGAGACUUCAAUAGAGAAAUGUCUGAUUUCAUCAACAAGCGACUGGGCGAUGAGAUUAAAGACGUUCUGCCGUCGUCCUACAAACAGCAAGAGAUCCUCUUUCUCUAUGGAGACUCCGCCACCUCUAAUGUGACCUCCCCACGACAUGGAGAUCUAAGCAUCAACUGGUGCCUCGGGGACAAGGAUAUUGAAGUUCUGGACAGCAGCAAGGGUUUCAUUGUUGAAGGGUGAGUUGAGGAUGAAUUGAUGGGUAUAUUUUUCAUGCACUCUGUCUUGUCGGCGUCGUUUUCUUGCGCUUCAUCCGGGUUCGGGUCGCGGGGGCAGCAGCUUCAGGAGGAAAGCCCAGACGGCCCUCACCCCGGCCACUUCCACCAGCUCCUCCGGGGGAUUCCCAGGCGCUCCCAGGCCAGGCGAGAGAUAUAAUCCCUCCACCUGGUCCUGGGCCGGCCACAAGGUCUCCUCCCGGUAGGAUGCCUUCUGGAACACUUCUCACGGGAGGCGUCCAGAAGGCAUCCUAACCAGAUGCUAGGUUCUACUCUGAGCGCUUCCCGAGUGUCCGAGCUCCUUACCCUAUCUCUAAGGCUAAGCCCGGCCACCCUGCGAAGGAAACCCAUUUUGGCCGCUUGUAUCCGCGAUCUUGUUCUUUCGGUCAUUACCCAAAGUUCAUAGCCAUAGGUGCCGACUCUCACCUAUGGCACUCUGUCUCUUUAAAGAAAAAUUUAACAUAUUAAAAAUGUUUGUAACUUGUCUCUCCAAAAAAAUGCGGGCCAUGACCUGGCAAAAGCGUCCCACAUACAAACCUUAAUCACCAGUUGCAGCAUAGAGGGGCACUGUAGCAUGAGCCUGAUGCAGUUUGCUUGUUUGACAGUCUUCGUGAGGCCCUGGGGCUCCUGCCAUCUCCCGGCUUUUGAGCUGCGGACAACUGCUGAUGUUUAGUAGUUUGAGUGUGACACAGUCACAGCUCUUACUGGAGGCGAUGUUGUCCUUGAGCAGAGAUUACAUCCAAAAAUAGAUUUCGGAUCCUGCUUUGUGUUCUCAGUGUCGCUGUGUGUUUCAGCUAUUGUCUUGCAGCCUGGAACGUUACGUUUAGGCCACACGGUGCUCUGUCGUGAUGAGCUCUGCGGCACAGUACGAGAAAUGACAAAGAAAAAUAGGCUCCAAAAAAAGAGCAGAAUAAAUUUAAGGACAAGAACCUAAACUGUGCAGGCAUGAAAGGAUGGCAGGAACACCCUCUGAAAAAAAAACAACUCCUAAAUUAUAGUGUGGAAACAAAAGGACAUGCUGCUUGUGUCAGAUGAGACUCCUUUAAUUUAGAGAUGUAGGAGUGGCAUGCCAAUUAUUCCAAGCUUCCUUUUGUUAUGGUUUUCACCGCUCAAGCAAUUAAUUGUUCCCUUGGAACCCUGGCUUGCACCCAAAUCUCUUGAAUUACACCCAGAAAAAUCCAUUAAAUGGGGAAUCUAUUUGUAAUAAAAACAAAGAACAGUCUGGGCGGGAUGAGGGAUAUCAUGGGCUGGAGACAGACUUCAAAAUGAUCUGAUACCUGCUGAUGUCUGCCCCUUUAAAUUCUGUCAUGUUAGAUAUGUCCAAAAAUCUUUGUUAUAAGUGAUCAUGCUAGGAAUCCCUGUUUUCUCUGACUUAAUCAAAGUGUACGUAAAAUGUAAACACAUUCAUAUGUUCAACACAGCCAACCCCCUGAGGGAGAUACUGCACCCUUCCUUUUAUCAUGUGUUGUAGAGCAACACUGUGAAAGACAGCAAAAGAAGCAGCACCCAAACCAUUUCAAUGAUAUUUGGUGUUAACCAUUGACUGUAUAAAAAAUGGACGCAGUCUGCCUCCUCGCUGACCACAAGAACAGCACCCUCUGGUGAUGGGCUGCAGUAUAGGUCAUAAAUCCCGCCUCCUCCACUAAUCCCUAUAAAGUUGUGGACAAACUUUAGAAAUUAAUUACACAGAAUAUAAAUGUUUCUCCCCCCUGGUUGUGAUGUUGACAUAUAGUUACAGUAAGACUGGUUUGUGCUCAAGACCUCUUUUUUCUGUACAGCUCCGUUUUUAAAAGUUAUUAGUGGGCGUAUGGGCUUACGAAGAUCGCAUAUCUUAGUGUGACCAUACGUCCUCUUUUACUCGGACAUGUCCUCUUUUUGGGGGCUGUCCGGCUUUGUCCAGGGGAGUUUAUAAAUCCUUCAAAUGUCCAGGGUUCUAUAUGGAAGUUUUGAGUUUGUGACCCGUGGCCUUACUGAGUUAAAAGCGUGGAAAAAACACUCGACCUAACCCGAAAAACUCUCAAAAUUAACUACGCACAGCCCCCACUUAGUAGUGUCCUUUUUUGGGGGAUUUGGAAUAUGGUCACCCUAGUGUAGCUCACCUGGGGGAUACUUUUUUUGAGCCGAGCAUCAUCACAGCGCCUGUCAGCGACUCUAUCGCUCAAUGCGCACAAUGCUACUAAGCAAGUAGUGAUUCCAGGAAGUGGAGAAAAUACCGGAAAUACCGAGAGCAAUUCAGCUUCAAAUUCGUGUAAUGAUGGAAGGCAGAGCCAAGUUGUCCAUCGUAUAUACAGUCUAUGGUCUGAACUCAAUGUGAAAAAAUAGGCUUUGCAAACUUCCCUGUUGUCUCCUAUUAAGUAUUGAUGUUGGUAAAUAAGAAAUGCGCUUUUUUGUAUUUACAGUGUAUCGAUAAGUAAUUUGAUUCAUGCCACCAGAAUAUUAUUUAUGUUGCUAUUAAUCAUUCCCCAGUUCUCCGUCUGUGAGUGGGCCUGGCUUCUCCAGCAGACUCUGCAAGAGAGCCCUGUACAGUUAUUUCCGUCAGGUUGCUCAGCUGGGUGGACACAGCUAUCUGCUCUCUCUUCCCACCUACCACAGCGUCAAGGUGUGUAUCUGCAGUGGGAGAUAACAUGAACAGUGCUCAGUCGCAUAAUGCCAAGGCUGUCAAGUAUGGCUGCAGUGUAUUGAACUUAAAGUGGUAAACAGCUCUUGUUUUAUAGGUUGAAGCUGUGGUCUACCAAACAGUCAAAGAUCUGGUCAACCGACAGUUUCUGAAAGACAAUGCAGGUCCCUGGAACUCCAAAAAGCUGGUGGACGUCUUCAGCGCUUGAACGCACUUCCAGUAGCACAGCAUGUUAAAGUUGGUCCAAGUUCGCUUUUUGAGGAUUUUUCUUUUCCUCCACUCCUCUGUGUAUUUCAGAUAAUAUCUAGAAGAGUAGUUUUGCUUUUAUGAAUAAUAUUAAUGUUUUCAGUUUGCGUAGGAGUUUGAGAAAAAUACAAGCAACCCUACUGUUUGCAUCUGUAGAGAAGUUGGUUUAAGUGUGCUGUGGGUGGAAAACAUCGGUCAGGGGUAGAGUUUGUGUUUUUUCAGCCCCGUCAAGUUGAAGUGAGUUACAUUAUUACCUUGUUGUUUUGCAGUUAAAAAGUUUGUACAUGAUGUAACAGCUGAACAUUAUUUUUUAAUUGUCCAGACAGAUUAUUACAGGAAGCAGUCACCACAAGCAGGUAGUAGUUUUGUGGUUUCCAAAGGAGUGUCACUCAUUGUCACAUGAUGUUCAAUAUUCUAGGACUGGACGUGUUUCUUUAACUUUGUUUCCUAAAAAGCUGAUUCCUGUAAGAUUGCUUGUUAAAGUUAAUCCAAGUUCCUUUUGAAGGUUUUUGCUUUUUCCCCUCUGUGUAUUUCACUCAUUCUCUUGAGCAGUAAUUUUGUUCUGAUGAAUAAUAUUAAUGUUUUCAGUUUGUGUAGGAGUUUGAGAAAAAUAAAUACUGC